AUGGAUCCAAAGCCCAAGGUUAAUUUGCCAACAACUUCACAUCAGGUUGGCUCUCCAGCCACGCCUUGCUCGGCGAAAACAGGUUGGUUGAGUUUAUUCUUGCACCAAUCUUGAAAUUUGAAAAUUUCCAAAAAGCUACACAGUGCAAAAUCUUUGAUUUUGAAUAUUUUUCGAUUACUAGUCGAAGUGGAUAAUAUUUUGAUACCUAAUAAAAAAGAAUGCUGUAAACCCCCACGGCACGACAACCCGAAACGGAGAAAAAAGUUUCCCGACCACUUUUGAGAUUCGUCCAAACGAAAUGUCACAGUUGAAAAAACAAUCUUUCCCGGCGAAAAAUCCCACGAAAGGUUUCCUGUGACAUUUUGUUUGAUUUCAAUGGAUACACGAAGUCGGCGAAUCGUCUAAAGGAGCGAGGAAACAAGUCGAGUUGCCGUGCACAGCCUUUUCCCAUCCGCAUAUGUUAUGAUUUCCGCCCAUCGAAUAUUAUCCUUGGGAAUCCGGAUGAUUUACCGCAUUUUAAUGCCAGCGGCUUGUGUAUUUCGUCUUCUGAUGGGAGAUUAAUCGUGGUAUCGAGGGCGGGUGAAGCGUCGAAAAUGCGGGGAAUGAAUUCAAAACAGUUCCGCGGCCACACUUGAGCGGCCCAAAAAAACGGGCGCUCUUCAAACAUUUUGGUCAAACUUUCCGCCGAAAUUAGAAUUCCGUUCGAAUUCCCAAACACCCCGGACCUCAUCCGAUAAUAGGUCCGGUUUAAUUCGGUGCCAAAUCGAGCGGCCGAAACCCGAGUCUGCGCCGGUUUUUUGAAAAGCGAAAGACGAACCGCCCAAGGCACUUUUUGUGGGGGUGAACUCGGCAGAAGAAGAAGACGACGGGGAUUCGAGUGUCAUCUGAAGAGGCUUCGGGGCGUCAACGAUGUUUCAGUCGAGAUCCAAAAAAGGUAAAUCUUAUUUAAUAAAAACGGGAUUGGCCUGAGGGGAUUCGUGUCUUCUUGUUUUUUACUUGGCGUCCGCAAAGAGAAUGGAACGUAAUUUUCGCAACUUCCGCACUCGCAAAAUGCGAGCUCGCUUCUCCACCAAGCAUUGUUUCGGUAAGAAAAGUUAGCGUUGUGAGUCAUCAAGGAAUGUACCCAGAUUUUUAGGAUCUUUCUAGCAAUUAGAAGAGCUCAAGAUGGCUUUUUCUAUCCUUCGCAAAUACGGUAGAAAUCUUCUUAAAUUUCAAAAAAUAGGAUAAAAUUUGAGAUUUGGGAUUAUGAACUUCAUGUAAUUUUAAUAAGAAAAUUAAAACUUUUUUGUAUUUUUUGAGCAAAAUUUUCAAACGUACACCUACUAAGCUUAGAUUUUACUUUCUUUGAUACUUUUGGUAAAGGGAUCCCGAGUUGAUCUCUAAUUGACCCCAAAAGAAGAUGACUUUGGCAGGCACUUUCUCCCGCAAAAAGCGAAUUCUUCCUUCCGCUCGCAACAUGAAGGCCUAAACAUAGAUUAAGACGGGUAAACAUUGGGCUCGCAUAAACGCGGCCGUUCUUUUAACGGUGUUCCAAGAUGUACACUUUUAUAAAUUUACCUUUGGCUGCUUUUUUCGAAUCUGGUUGUAAGAAUCCACUAUCGCAGAUAUAUUAUAUAAAUAAAACUUGUAAAGUUCAAAAUAUACUUUAAUUUCUGAUUGGUUUAGGCGUAAAAGUCUUUGAUUUUUGCCUGGAUUUUACCGUUUCGUUGUAUUGUAAAAUAUGUACGACACAACCUCCUGCGCGAGAUUUUUUUUAAUGACAUGAAAGUGAGGUUAGAAAAACACCAAGUACUAUUUCGGAUACCGUCUGCUAAAACUUACAAAAUCAACAAUUAAUUAUUUAUAAACCCAUCGACUUCUUCUUUGUUAUAGUGUAAAAAGUAAAGGGCAUAGACGCGCAGGGGGUGUGCUGACAAUGAGUAGAUUUUGAAGGGAUUUUAGAACUUUUUUGACGAUUAGGAGUUGGAUAUAAUAACCUUCUUUUUGAAGUUUAAAUUUAUGCAAAUGAUGUCUUAUUAUUAGAAAUCUCCUCUGAAUUUUAAUACACAUUUGUUUUGGCCUCUAAAUUUAAACUUUCCCCACUUUCUAAACAAUGUUAGUCAUUUUUGCUUUUCGACCCAAAUUUUCUAUCCCAAUGGCAUUUUUUGACUGUCAUAAACAACCUGUUGUCACUCUAAAAUCUUUAUUUUCCCAACCUUCAACUUGGAUUUCUCCGAAUCCCACGUGGAGACAGAGGCUGUGGAUAUAAUAAAAGAGAACCUUCUCCUUUCCCUCCGCGGUCUCUGAAGCGUCUUGACUUCUGAUACGAGAUGCCAUGGCCAAGUUGUCGGUCUGCGUGGCUAAAUUAGACGGCGAAGAAAGGAAUUCGAAUUGAAUUCUCUCACUUUCCGCGGGCUUUUUUUUACUUCUUCAGGAUUUGCAUAAACUUUACUGGAGAUUUGAACGAGUUUUUUUGAAGAAGAGGGCUUUAUCGCCUCCGGGAAAAGGCGCAGUUCUUAUCAAAAUAAAUGGACUUGGGCUCGUCCAUGGAUUUAUUUAUGGCCUCCAAAACUUGGGCCUUUUUUGGGAGGCGCCGUUUGUUUUUCUUGCCUCAGGGCACAUGCUUGAUUGGAACCUAUUUAAAUGGGGACUAAGGUGUUUUCAAGGGGUCUUUAAGCUAUAUUCGAGACUUUAGGGCAUGAAAUUUUAUGGCAAAAACCUGGGGGCAUUCAAUUUAGGGCUUAAGCCUUGAGGGCAUGAAGUUUCAAAUUUUCGAUCUAAGUUAAUGUAUUCAAAUAAUAUUGAAUCUAAGAUCUAAGAGCAUAUGAUAAACGUAGAAACACCUAAGAGAAUCGUGUUUAGGUUUGAACCCUUCGGUGCGUAUCCGACCAAAAAUCCCUUAGGGCAUGGACCUCCAAAAGUCCCCGAAAUCCUUUGGAAGCACAGAAUUUGUACUUUCGCUGUUUAUUGGGACCUAAAUUAUGGCCAAGCAGGAAUAGUGUAGCCUCUAAGGAGCUCAGAAAAUAUUUACAAAAAAUUCCAAAAAUAUUUAUUUUUUUUAUUUCAAUUCCGAUUAAUUUCUAAAUAGUAUUUUUUUUAUUUCAGACUUCAGUUCGAUCAUGGCCACAACAAGAGCGGCAACGUGUAAGUCAACAACUUUUUCAUUCGAUAUUCUUGCCUAGAUCUGUUAUUCGAAAAGGAGAAGUCUCCAGUUUUGGGACUCAAAUUUGCAUUUAGAAAUUUUGCAAAGCGGGGUUUUUUAGUACUCUUUGUGAAUGAGAAAAGUUGUUUUGGAUCUACGAUCAUAAAACCUGGUUAUGGGAUUUAGGAAAAAAAGUAUGAACAGGCGAAUUUUGAAGUAAAAAAGAAAGAAAAAACAUUGUAAAAUAAAUGUAAGCAUAAUUUUAGUGAUUUUUCAAUUGAAAAACGGGGGUUUUUAUAGCGGAAAUUCUUUCGAAAUUAAAUUUCCAGGUCUGAAGUUUUAUAAAAUGGCUUUAUUAUUUACAUGUUCGUUUCUAAAUGUUUUAUGCAAAUUUCUGGAAUGUUUUUUGAAGGAAAAAAUUAUUUAAAAAAUUGUUUAGUGUCAAGAAAAGCAGUGAAAUUUUAUAGCAGAGUUUUUGCUCUGGUUCACAUAAAUAACUUCCUUUUACCCCAAGAAACAUUCAAUAACCCGGAAAUUGAACACAAUUUUUAACACAAUCACAGUAUCUCCACGUGAACCCACUCAACCAUGCAUAAUAUCGUAACCAUCCUCCUGAAAACCCUCGGAUAAUUUACGAAAACUUUCUUUUCCAGUCCUCCAAAUGUUACCAGAGCCAAUCCAAAUUUUUUUGUUUAUUCGCCUCAUAAUUACGGCUGAAAUAUGAAAAUUCCGUGGCAUUUCCCGCUUUCGGCUCCUUAGCGUGACAUUUGAAGCCUCCAGAAAGGAUUUUUGAGCGCAUUUUUGUGGCCCAAGAUGCGGACAAUGAAAGGAUGGGAGGGUUUUUGAAAAAUACGUUUAUUUCAUUAUCGAAGCCAGAAGUAAAUUUGAGUUAUUUUAUUUUCGGGAAGUGAGAAAAAAAAGGUUUUAUUCUUAAAGAUUCUUUUGCGGUAGCACAGUUUUUGUUUCGUUUUUUUUGAUGACCAAAUGUGUCAUAAAUCAUGUCGUUUGGACGUUUCUUAUCUUGGAGAGCCGUUUCGAUCUUCAAACUUGCUGGGCCAUGAAAUUUUAGGGCUUGAAUUAUUUAUUCGAAAAUUUUUUCUUUCGGAAAUUUGAGUGGAUUUUUUGGAGGUAAAGGUGUUUUACCUGGCUUUUGGAGGUGUUGGAGACUCUGAAUUAUGCUUUUGGAAUAUUUCGAUUGGGCAUUUCGAUGUUGGUUUGGUUAGAGUAAACAUUAAAAUUAAAAAGUUUUUAUGGUGGUGCCAAUUGGCACUUUUUAAAAUACAGCUGAAGUAUUACUGUAAACUUUCUCUGAGGAAAUUAUUUUUAGUUUCGGAAGUUUUAUGAAAAAAAAUAAAUUUUUGUAAUUUUUAUUGAAAAUUAUGAUUUUUUCAAAUAUUUUCUCGAAAAAAUCGCCGGAAGUUCUCUGCGAUGAAAUAAAAUCACUAAUACUGAUUAAUAGGCCGUUUUGUUACAAGCAAUUUCGAUAACAUCACUCCAUAAUCUCCCCAUUAGUUUUUAUUUUCUCUCCUUUCUUCACCCCAAAAAACAACAGCGUCGGUUAUGAAUAAUUUCUAUGUUGUGGCCAUAUGUCUUGGCCUUUCGUGUGUUCAUGACAGCUUUGUUCAUCUACAGCCGCAAACGGAACGAAUUCGAAUUUUUAAGCGAAAAAGAAGGGCUUGUUUCCUCCAGAAUGUCCCUCUAAUUCGUCGGCACCAGAAACCCCACCGCCCCGUGCUUUCUGGCUUGGGGGUCGUGUUUCGGGCCUGAGGAGAUUCCGGCGAGUAUUCUGGGACCGGCACUUCAUACAUUCUCAUUCGCUUGUUGUCGGAGUCCCUUUAAUUCGGCGGCCCGGUUGAUGACGGCGGAUCAAUGGCCUAUCUCCUCAAAUAUUAUACAUGUAAUGCGGGAGGAAAAGGGGGAAAACUUGAGAUCUUUAGCAUGAGUUUUGCCAAAGAAAUCACCAAGAUUUUUUGGGUAAAAGGUGCAGAUUUUUCAUAGCUCUUUUUAAUUUUUGGGUCCAAAUUGGCAGAAAAAGGCAAGGAUAUCAGUUCUUUCACAUUUUUCAUUAAUUGAUAUACCCGUUUUUAGUCUCGGCCAAGAUCCGAACGCUGACGGAUUUCCAUUCCCGGAUAUCGGGUAAUCAACAGCCUCCAUCGAAUGCCGAAGUCAUCACCACUCUGAAGUACUUUACACAGACUCUUAUUGGGUGAGAUUACCAAAAAAAUUUAUGUUUUUUGUCGAAAAGUUUAAAAUUCUUUUAUUCCUUUCCAGAUUUCUCAAAGACAUCUCCCCCAAAAAUGGUCAUUUAUUUGUAAAAUUCACGGCCGAUGCGCAACGCUCCAAUUUAUAUCCGAAUCUGAAUUACUCCGGCCUUUUUUACGGCAUUGUAAACCUGCUCGAUGUGUUCCCCUUGAUCCAAACUGGCCAAGCAGCCAUUGGCGAGUCCAUUCUGGACUGCCUCAAGGCCUUGUACUUCUUCUUGGACCGGGAUACGGUUGAUCAACUGCCCAUCUUGAUUGCCUCCCAAUUGGAUGUGUUCUCGCAUGAUCUCCAUAAGAAGAUUGUCAGUCUUUUAACCGAGUGUAUUCUACCAUAUACCCUGAGUGAUGACUGUUAUGGAGCGUUGAGUGUCCCAGUGGUAUUAAUGCUCGUGUUACAGCAACAUUCCGACCCCUGUGAGUGAAAUUUUUUUUGGGAUUUUUUUGGAAAAAAGUGACAUCAUUAUCUAUUUUUAACUGGAUCUUUCUUUUUUCUCACAAUUUUCAGGUUGAAAGAAACAAAAAAUUUUUAUUUUUUUCAAAUUUUGAGACGGCAAAUUGCAAUUUUUAUGUGAAAUGGAAAGUGUAAGAUUUUUACAGAAAGGUCAUAUUUCUUGGUCAAAGAUCAGAGUGAUAUGGCAAAAAAAUCCAUUUAUUUGUAUUUGAAAAAUUUUCCCGUUAAAAAAGAUGUCAUCGUCUUAUUUUAUCGUCAUUUUUUCUUUUCUUAAUCUAUUUUUUAGCGCUUCACACUUGCCUAGUAGAAAAUUUGAUGGCCCACAAAAACUCGAUGUAUGCGGUAAGUAAUUACCAUCACAUCAUGUACUAUUACACUUUAGGAGCUCAUCGCCGUAAUAGCGAAAGGAACGAGCGAAGCGAGAGUGUCGGCGGCCAAUCUCUUGUUCCAUUAUUGGCCCAUUAUCAACCCACAUAUCAUCCAUCGAAAGGCCAUUCAGUAUCGAGUCCAUGGUGAGAAUAAUACGAGUUCCAUAUUUGGAGAAUGUCAUUACUUAUGUUAUGUUCAUGUUAUUCCUUUUUCAGCCUGGUCCACCCCUCCUUGUCAGCACAUUAACUGCGCUGACAAAUCCCCAGCCAUGAAGCGCAUUUACGAUCCGGUUUUAUGCGCCAAGAUGGGAGAUUCUGCCCCUCCAAUGUUCUUAUGCAAAAGUUGCGCAGAUGAUAUUGAAACCGAGGAUCCGGUCAGAUAUAUUUCACAACCAAUGCCCGCUUCAAACUCAACGAUCUGCCAAAACAAAGGGUGUGAAUCUGCGAAUAGGGUGGCAAUUGGGACUUGUUUUCACGAUGAUUGCAUCAGAUCUCAUGGGUUUGUGCCGCUGAGACUUUGCCAGGUGAGAAAUUGAGCGAUAAACAAGGCUUUUUAAGAUAUGCGGUAAAGCAAAUAAUAAACUUUGCGUUUGACCGUUAGUUUAUUUUCAGGAAUGCCUCCAAGCCCUUCAUUCGCUGCCAGACAAAGCCAACCAUCUUGUUCAUGCUGGCCUAACCUGUGCUUGGGACUCUGACAUUGAACGCGACAUGGUGGAAGCUGUUGUGAAACUCUUGAAGGAGACCUCGGGCCAGUUAGAAGGUCAGGAAGGAGAAACGAAACGACCGAAAUGGCUCCGUCAACUUGAGGCUGGCCAAUCUUUGGGAAAGGAUAUAGAUAAUAUGAGCGACGAGAGGAGGAUGUUGAGUAGGUUUGGAAUAUGGCUAAUGUCCGCGUUGUGCCCACCAUCCAAGGAGGCGCCCGAUGUCGGGGUGGGAUACAUAAUGAGUAUGUUGUUCCAAUGGUUUGCGACCACCGCGUUGCUGCCGAAUGACUCAAUGGGAGCGGCGUUGGAGCAGCUCAAAACUGAUGUAAGUUAACUCGAAGCAAGCUGUAGAUUUUCUUCAAGUUUUUGUAUAGACUACCUUUACUAAUCAUGAUUCUAAGAAAAUAUUUUUCUAUCCACACUUACAGUUUGCGUCUGAUUGGCUGAACAUGGCGAUUACCAAUCAUUACGAUGUGUUCAUCUCAAUCCUCAAUCCAAAUCUUCCGGAUUAUGCUCAAGUGGGCGGAGUCUGGGACAAAUUAUGUUCCCGAAAGGACCAGCUCAAAGAAGGGCUGUCAAAACUUUUGUCGCUAAUGCCAUAUGACGUCAUCUCCAUGGACACUUGGAACAUAGUUAUCGCCAAUUGGCUUCGAGUUAUUGCUGAGCCAUCAGACGACGAGGAUUUCUCGGAACUUAAAGUUUUGCUAUGGUAAGAUCGAAGGCAAUUUCCGACCUUAUUUUAGAUAAAAAAUAGAUUUUUAUUUUCAUGUCUAGUGUAAUAUAAAAAUUUUUCCAAUUUCAGUAAAAUCUUUGAGCCCGAUCUCUGCCCUCUUCCAUUUGAGCAGAAGAAAGUGUUUGAAUUUAUUUUCAAUCGGCUUUCCACUGGCAAUUACAACGAAGUUCUUGAUGCCUUGGAUUGGCUCCAUCUACUCUGUCGAAUGGAUAUUCGAAUUUCCAUGGAUAUGAUCCUAGAAAUGGCCACAUUAUGUCUCCGAAGAUCUCAUGAGAUCAGACCUCAAAUUAAUCCAGAAGAUGAUUUGGAUGAGGACAUUGGACCGAUGGCUGUUCAGGUGGUCAUGGUGGAUAUUAUCGCUCAGCAGGUAAUUUUUUCUAAUAUUUUUGAAAAAAUCUCACCUGAACCGUCCCUAAAACACCAUAAUUCUUUUCCAGAUGAAGCUAAACGAAGGUUCCAACGAGCUGAACGAUCACAAGGACCAGUUAUUCGUCGUGAUGGCUCUAAUUAUGCAAUACCCUGAGGGCACAUCCAAGUUCGACUCUCAUUCCUGCCAAAACCCGGAGGCCGAUCAAUUCUCGGAUUGUAUUCGUUGUCAACAAGCGGUCUAUUUGUAUCAAAUUGUGAUGCAAUUGGUCGAACAAUUGUGCCCAAAGACGGAGAUCAGGAUAGAAGUUGAUGACACAAAUCACAGUGAUUGGCUGGCUGAAGCUCAAAUGUCGGAGAGUAUAACUACAGUAUCCAGACAAGCGUCGAAUCCGUUGUCUCCGAGGAAUGCGAUCUCAAGUGCUGGUGGGUUUUUUAUAUCAAAAUCUAUGCAGUAAUUUUCGAAAAUUUAAUUUUUUUCGCCUAAAAAAUCAAAAUUUUACUUGACAAAAAAGUAUUGAAUGUUUUGAGGUCAAAGCCCCGGAGCGUUUUCCAAUUUUCCUCAGCCCCAAUUCAAGGACUUUUUGGCUAGCCCACAAUAUCUCCAGGCGACCAUGGAGAGUCCUGCCUAUGACGAAUUUGCCGGGGUUCUGCCCUCCGAAGAGAUUGAGACCGCUUUCGCUCAACAAGUUACGGUGACCGAGCGAGAUCUUGGUCAUGAAACUUGCCAGGUCGUUACUGAGACAGUGCUGGACAAUUUGAACGACAGUCCUUCCAAUCCGACGUCCAGGGACAAUCAGUUUUGGGACACGUCAGUGGGGAGAUUCAAGUUUACAAUUGAUCAACUGCCGCCUCAACUGCAGUUUGUUCACAGUCUGUUAAUGGUAAGGAGACUGCAUGCAGUGGUUUGAGAGGACUUGAAACUCAUUGUAUCCAUUCGAUGCCUUCCGUAUUCUACCGAAUCUAUCUUUCAGAACAUUGAGCGGGAACUUGAUCCAGAUGUCCAAUAUUUUCUGCUCGUCAUCCUCAAGUACUUGUGCCUUCAUACCGGAGCUCUGAGUCAUGCCAAGCGGGAGUAUCGAGGGUAUUUGAUCUGGACUCAGGAGAACUUGCUGAUCCCCAAACUUUGGGGUCUUUUGAAAAGUAAUUUCGCUCAAGGAGGCCAAAUCGCGGUCCCUUUGAUCAUCCACGCGAUGACAUUGCCUUGCGGGGAGGAUGUGUUCUGGAAUGUGGUGAACAAAGACUUUACCAGCGAAAAAUGGGAGGUCAGAUUCAAGGCUGGUAAGUGUUAUAUAACAUUGCCAAAUAUCAUCAUCCUGCUUCCCCAAAUAUAUAAUUUUAGUGGAGCGAAUCUAUGUGUUGGCCCAUUUGGUCCCAUCAAGUCCAGUGAAAGCCAACAAACUUCUUCAGACUUGUUUGAGCUGCGCGUUCUCUCACCUGAUUGUAUCGGUUAACGAUCCCAACGCAGCGGUAGCGCAGAGAACGCUAUUGUCGUUGCAGGCCAUGCCUUCGCAGGCGCUGAAUGUGAGUCAGGAUUUGAUUUCACCUCAAACGCUUAUUGUUGCGACAAGUUUUGGUUUGAAAAAAGUCGAAAAGACGACACUCAUCGUCAAGUUUUGAAUAAAAAAUCUGACUGUUGUGCUUUGAGGAAUUCACCGCGAAAAUUUGGCUGACAAGUCAAUCUUUUUUGGAUUGAAAAAUACUUUUUUCAGCUGAUCUGCUACUGCCUAGAGAGUCAAUUCGACUCCUGUAUCCUCGACCGCCCUCUAAUCAUCGGUCGAAUCUUUUUGCUGACCCAAAUUGUUCCAAAUCAAAACUUUUUCUCUUGGGAUUUCUUUAUCCAAAGAUUCGAAACCCUGGCUUUGGAAGCCCAGUUAAAGCGGCAGCAAGGAGAGCACACUUUCGUGCAAGGUAAGAGCCCACAAACUGCUGUUUAUGCGACUUGUACUUCCUCAGAUCUCCUCCACACCGACCCAAUGAGUGAAUUGUACCAAAGAAAGGUGACCAAGGCCAGACAAAGUCUGAAUGAAGCCUGCUCCGUCCGAUCGAUUGUGAAGAGCCUGAGGGAAAAUUCGCUAAAACACCAACUCACGAUGAGUGCCAAAAUCGAAAAAGGUCGGUUUUGUCGCAAAAAUGGUCUAAAUUAUCCGAAAAUUGUCUUUUGCAUGACCUGAAUUGAGAUUGUUUUGGUCUGAUUGGAGUUUUGAACUUGUUUGCAGUCCAAAAUGAGUCGUAAAAUCCCCUGAAAAUCCAAUUUUGCUCUGUUUUUUGCAGUGUCAUUUUGAGCUUAAAUUUAAGUUGGCUUUGGUUUUUGGACCGCUUUUUUUCAAAGGAAUUGGUUCAAUGCGUUUGGAAAUCAUCAAGUAUUAGGCUGUUUGAGAUUUCGCAAAAAAUAGCCUAACUUCUGAUUCUCAUCCGCAUCCGGGCUGUUUUUUGGAUUCAAAAUUACAUUUUGCCUCUCUGACUUUUCUCGGUCUACAUAUUUCACAGCCCAAGAGAUCCGCGCCCGCCGCACCACUCACUUGCGUGGCCGUCGUGGGGCCACAACGGGCGCAGAUGUGGCCCGCAUCAAGCUGCGGAAGGUGAUCAUGAUGGUGAAGGUGGUGAAUGCGUUCCGCAGCAUCACCGAUCGCAUCUACCAGUUCACGCCGAAGCCGGGCAAGCGAUCGCGCUCCUCCACGCCCGAGCCGGGCUUCAUCGAGCAACAGGGAGGACCGAAUGUCCAGCAGACGGCCUUGACCGCCAUCUCGACCGCGUUCCCGCGUACGGUGAAGUGAUGUGCACGAUGCUCUCUUUCCCCGCUUGUUGUGGUCCCCCUUUCUUCUUUUGCCGGUUUCCUGUUUUUUUGUUCAUCAUUUGAUUUAUUUUUCCCACAUAUUUCCGUUUAAUCAUCUGUCCUACUGUAACACGGGCUUCAAUUUCGUACAUUUUACUCUUCCAUUUUCCUCAACUAAUCUGUUUUCCAACUUUUUUUGAAGUGUUUGAAGCAUUAUUGACUUAUUUUAGUGGAUUCUACGGAAGCUUCGACCAUUUCACAGGCUGCGCAAGAGGCUGGAAGUAAGUUUAAUAAUAAAAAUCUUAUAAUCUGAAAUAAAUUUAGUUUUAAUUCGAAAUUAUUUGUAGGUCAAUAUGGACGUCUCCGCGAAUUUACGGAUGAAGAAUCCAACCUCUGCUUACUCCUCAAUCGAGUUGUCGACAUGGAGAACCCAGAAAGGCAUACAGUUUACAUUACAGUAGCCCUUUUCGUUCAUUUCUUGUCAAACAAAAAGCAAACCAACGAUGAAAAGGCCUCGGCGAAGAAGCAAAGUGUCCUUCUAAGGCAUUUCAACACUCUUCUUGGCUUCAGUAACUCCGAGAAAUGCUUUACAAUCCCUCCGCAUCGAAUGAGAAGAGCGGCGGUUUGUAAUGCUUUUAUUCUCGGGUUGGCACAGAUUCUGGAUAACAAUAUGAUGAUCGGAAAUCAGGUAAAAAGAGUGGAGAUUGGAUUAGCUUGUUAAUUUCAGAUGCUCCCAAUCAUAGUCCAGCUACUUGUACACCUCCCUUCGCCUCAAAAGUUCGCGAGUGAUUCGAGUACCGCUGACUACUCGUUGAGUCUGUUGAGUCAAAAUCUGCGGUACCACUGGCUCCAUUCUGUUAUCCUCAUUCUGUACAAAGUAAGUAAUGCAAGAAAGAUGGUGAAUUCGGACAAAAUAUACAUUAGACUUGACAUCAAAUCUUUCAGUAUCGUUUCGACGCUCUUCCUGUCAGCGAUUUGAUCACAAAGCUGAUGAUGAUUGUCAUAGCGACGUUGGAAUGUCAUUGCCAUGUAUUUGAGUGCAAUGCGACAGAAGCCCAUACUCCAGAAUUCGAGGAAUGGUCGGAUUCUUCGGAAGAGUCGGAAGAAGAAAAGGUGAUAAAAGAAGAGGAAGACGACCACACAAAGAUGUAUCAGAUGGCUGAGGAAGGAGUUUUGAGUCGACCGGAGAGUCUCAAAAUGAAUAAGGAUUUGAAAAACAAUCAGCCAGCUAUUAUUGAGCCGGUAAGAAGCGAUAUUAUAUUAGUCAUCAUAUUUGACCCAUUUUCGGAAAAAAUGGCUCAAACUUUGAAAUUUUUAUGUCCAAAACAAUGUCAUUUUUCUUCCAGGAAGCAGGACAAACUCCCUCAAAAUUAUUGGCCAAUUCACGCAGAAAUAAACGAAAAGGCCAGAGGAAAAAGAAGAAGUUGGUGAGAGCCGAGUGCGUCCGGCUGUCCUGCACUUAUUGUAAUGCCCCCAUCGAAACCUUUGAUGAGGAAACAAUCAGUUUAUGUCUGAUCUCACUCUCCACCUUCCUUCAUCGAGAGUCGUCAAUGGCUGCGCCGUUGUUAUUCAGGAUCUUCAAAACAGUCACAAAUUUCAUCCAUUAUCCGAUGUAUCCGUGGAAUGAAAACAAUGUUUUUGUGCCGGGAAACAGUCAAAGUGUUGCCAAACAGUUAAUCAGAGUUAUUGUUCAUCAGGUAAGUGGUGCAUUCCAAAAAACGAUUUUUUACCUAUUUUUUGUAGUAAAAAAUGAGAUUUGUUUUUUUUUUCCGAAGAAAGCUCUGAAGUAUUAGGUCUAGAAGUAUGACUCCGCCGUUUUUUUCUUUUGCAUUUUUUUACAGGCUGCAGCAAUGUUUAAAAAUUUCUUUUGAGAUCCCCUUUCAAAACGCUAUCUAUUGAUUUAUUUUUUGGAUAGUAGGCCUUGACAUAGCGGUUUUUAUGAAGCUUCAAAGAUGACCAACUUCGUCCCUGGAAAAUCGUCAUUUGCGGGAAAUUUUACCCUGCACGUGUAACGCGAGGGAAAACGUUUUUAAUGCAUCAAUUGCUUAGAGAAGCUUAAGUUAGUUGUGCUUAGUUAGAAAAAAUCCGUGGGGAACGGGUUUAACGGUUCUAGCCCCGUGAUUUUCAAACCCAUCUAAAAAAAUUGAAGAUUGAGAUUACUGGAUACAAAGCGAUGCCCAUACACAAAAAAAGUUGGCCGUGGUGCUCGAAGUGCCACAGAAAGGAGUUUCACGCAGUUUUCAACGAAUUGAAAAGAUCCAGAGAGAACGGACUUGGGUGUCUUAUGGAAUGACCUACAACAAUAUAGAGAACUUGCGAAAUUUUGAUAGGCAGACCAAAAGGAAGCUAUUUUUGCAUCGUUUUAUGGCCACAGACGAAAAACCCAGCGAUUCUGAGAACCCGAAGCGCAUGCGACCGCAUAGUCUAACACUACCGGUAAGAAAGCAUUGCGCUGUAUAUGAUCACAUAAACAAGUUGUUCUUCACUGUAAGCUCUUGAAACUUGGUAAAACGGUUAUUGGCCUCCGUCGACAACAGUGGCCGAUGCAAUUGAACGGAGAGAUAUGACCAAAGCGGGCGGAAUGACCAAUUUUUAUUUUGCUGCAUGAUCGCGCUAGAACCCAUGUUGAAAAACUGGUCAAGGACACCCCAGAACAGCUAGGAUGGGAGGCCCUACCUCUCCCGCUAUACUCUACGGACAACGAGCUUUCAGACAAGCACUUAUUUCCACCGAUAGCACACGACCUGAGGCAGCAGCGCUUCGCUAAACACAAUGAUGCCAAAAAUUAGGUUGAUAUUUGGAUGGCUUCAAAACAGCCAAAAAAAAUUUUUGGUGGAUUGAAAAGUUGACCAAAUUACGGAAACACCUCGUAAUUAAUAGUAGAAUAUAAAAAUGGAUGAAGUUUAGGGUAAAAAUUUUUUGCUAUGAUCAAAACAAUCAGCAGAAAAAAACGGCGGAGUCAUACUUCUAAACCUAAUAAUACGAAACGAUGCUUUUCAGUUCUCAACUAGCGGAAUUGCCCUCCAACUUUUCGACAGUAAAAUCGAGAAGCCUUUGCAAUUCUGGGAGACUAUUUGUAAAUCUCUUUUGGACUUCAACGACCUCAAUCCGAUUGCUUUUAUCCAAUGUCUUCUGGAUGACAUGAUGAAUAAUUGGAGCUUGAAAUUGGAUCGAAUCUUCCAUAAUCUCUCCGCUUUUAUCUCCUUCGUCCCACUUGAUGCCCACUUUUCCAAUUGGACAUCGGUUGUUGGGCAAUUAGACUCCUUCUUUAGACGAUAUCAAUCUCAGGUAGGACAAGUCUUCCAGACAAAUAAAAGAAUGUUUAGAUCGUCGCGGAAAAUAAUAAUAACGGGAAUAGUCAAAGGAGGCCCGUUACGACCGAGUUCAAGAGUCUGAUUGUGAUCAUGUCUCAGGUUAUGAAGGUUCAGAACUUCUCGACCUUCAAAACUUCGGUCGCCAUGGUUGAGGCAUACGGUAAAUGGAUGACUGAGGUGUUACAUGAGUGUAAAGCGGACCUCAAGGACUUAUUAUCGAUAUGUUCCAUCUGCAAUCGGGCAAUGCAUCGGGUAAGGAAAUCAAAAUUUUAUUGUCGAUGAUAAAUGAUGACAAAAAAUAUAUUAUUAUUCUCAAAUCAUACCUUUUGUCGGAUCGUAGGGACAUUAAUAUGUAAAUUUGUAAACUCUUACCUCUAUUUAGGGCAAUAUACAGCUGGUGUUGCAUAGGAAAGUGUACGUCUUUGAUUAAUAUCGUAUUUUUAGGAGCGGGACAAGCAAUGCCUAACCAGAGUAAUCGUCACCGAACUCGUUCAUGCCAUCAAAUUUCGCUGCGAAUUGGUUGAACCAAAUUACAUGAACAUAGUCAAGAUAAUCCUCCAAGAUUUUGGUGAGAAUGUCUCAGACGAGAUCCCAGAUCUGGACCAAUACAGUACUGGCGGAUCCGAGGCUAUCCGUCCUUUCCUGUCAGAUCUUUUGGAAUUCAUCGCUGAUCUCCAUGUCUUGUCCAAACUGAAGAAACAGACGAACAGCGAUCGUAUGGGAGGCGAUCUAAAGGUAAGUUGAGGGUCGUUGACACACCCUCCAAUUCGGUGGUCAGCUUAUUUCGUCAAAAUUAAAUUAUAUUGUUUUAGGCCGGUCUAGCUGAGAUCCUAGCCUUGGAAAUGAGUCGUCCUGCUCAUCGUGACAAUCGUACAGUUGGAAGAUUUAUCCCGUGGCUUCUAUCCCCUCCCAACAUUACUCAAGCAGUGCCUGGAGCCUUUGCUGAGAGUGUAACCAACGUCCGAGUCCUUUCUUGGCUUUUAUUGGGGGCUCUUCAUGCUAAUCAAGACUGUUUCCCUGUGCCUAUCAACUGCUCCAAUCAUAUGGCGGACUACAUUCACUUUGUUUUAGCGGGAUUUGCCGACCAGUCCAAGGUAAUAUCGACAAAAUGAUCAUUUUUAUUUUCAUGCCAGCAUUCGCCUAAAACAAUAUGAUUCCAGCAAUCAGUAGUGCACAUGUCAGCUCUUUUCCACGCCUUCCAUCUCUGUCAACUUUGGACUGUCUAUUGCGAGAAGGCGGCGGCUGUAAAUGAAGACAGUUUCCAUAAGGCGCCAGAAAAUAUCGUUGAUUUCUGGAGUCGAGUCACCCCCGCGAUCCUUCAACUACUCGCUCAUUCCAAGGUCCUCGCCGAUAUGGUCAAUCUACAUUUCGUGAAUACCAUCCAAGCUCUUCAGCAGUGCAAUUCGGCGACUCUGUGUCAACUGUAUCCCAUGUGGCAACCCAUUCUAACCGUCUAUCACUCUCAAAUUCCGUCUCAACUGCGGAUAAAAUUGGAUGCUUGUGAGAAUCAGCAGCCAGUUGAUGCUCAGCCAUUGGGCCCGUGGUUGAAGAAGGUCCGCUACAAGAUUUCUCAGAUCGAACUUCAGACAUCAGCGGCCUCUCCGUUCUACAAUGUCUGA